UACAGCUUCAGAGGAGACCGGUGAGAGGUGCUCAAGACAUCGUAGCUUCAUGGAAGCUGAAAGAAAAGUAACAGCAAGCAAGCGGUGGUAGACAGAAUUUAUCAACGAGCAUUGGAAGUGAACACUAAAUCUGAAAUAUUAGAUUGAAAUUAAUAAGGAGGGUCGAAAAUGAUGAGUUCAUCGAAAUAAAACAGUGUUUUCCAUAAAUUCACCUCUGACUGUAACUUAUGGCAUAAACUGAUACGAAUCUAGGUACAUGCAAGGGAUUCUGUGUAAUUUAUAAUUGUUAAUUAGGAACUUUCCUUUUUGAUAUUUUGAGAUUGAGUUCCACUAUGCAUAACCUGGAGCUACAGCUAGAUCUGCCAUACCAGUCUAUCGCGUUGCAAGAUGAGCUUGGUUCGAUGCAGCCGCAGAGCAGCCGUAAGAUACCCUGUCAAGUCUGCGGUGCGAUGUCGUCUGGACUUCACUUCGGUGUAUUUACAUGCGAGGGAUGCAAGUGUUUUUACAGGAGGAGCAUCCGUGAAGGGGCUAACUACGCAUGUGCUAAGGAACGAAGUUGUGAAAUCACCAUGGAAACGCGGAACUCGUGUCGAUUUUGUCGAUUUCAAAAAUGCAUUGGUCUUGGAAUGUCAAAAGAAGGUAUCAAGUUGGGACGCCGACCGAAAGUAGAGAAUGAACCGUUACAGCAUAUGUGUUACGCCAACAGAAUAGAUAUGGGUUCGAUACCCAUUAUAGCAGGUAGUCCACGAAGCCUCUCGUGGUCUCCAACAUUAAAUGGCCACGUGACUACACAUCCAGACUACGUCAAGUCUCAUUAUAAGGACUUAGAAAUCGACGUCAUGUCCAAGUACGGUCUGCACGGUGAGGGAUGCUAUCACCUGAAACACGAAACGAUGUCUCAGUGUGAUCAUUGUAGCGAACCGUUCCAAAACCAGUAUACAUACGCUGGUGGGCACGGUGAUAUGACGGGCUAUGGAUCAUUCGACCAUGGGACCAUUCCGACAUCGAACUUGACGUGGAAGAUGGAAGCUACGUAUAGUGCUACAAGCUGCGUCCAGAACAACUACACCAUGAUGACGCGUUCACCUAGUACGACCCUUCCGAUCAACGUGACACAAGGGGAUGGAUGGCAAGUAUCUCAACAAAGUCCUUCGACCACCAGUGAAGUAUCAUCCGAUGAUCAGUGGGACAAUGGAAUGAGAACGCAAUCAGGAAAGGCACCAGUUACCUUGACUAUCCCUGAGGUGCAAGCAGGCGCUGUAGCUGCUCUGGCAUAUGCUAACCUAUACAGAGACAAGACAGUAGAUCAUAAACCCGAAGAUAUCAAUCAGAAUAUCUGUAUGGCUGAUGAUAGAGCGGGUGAUUCUAACCAUGUGGAUAUUGGACAGUCAAAGAGCUAUACGGAACUUGUUCCUCUAAAGACAGUAUCUUGUGAGAACACUUACGAUACAGGAUGGCAUGGGCAGCGAGUAGAGCUUUCUCCUAAAUGCCCAGCAGAAAAAUCUGUCUUUAACCAUCUUGCGUCGUGUGAUAAUGAGCGAAUAGUUGUGAAGGAUCCACACCACCUUGUUACUUCUAGAAUACAUCCAUCAAGAGAAGAACCCCGUAAACGAAGGCUUGGAAGUGCAAUGACUCUCCUAACCAGUAGCUAUCUGAAGAGAAAGAAACACUGUCACUGGUCAGAAGAUGAACAAUCGGCAGGUGAUGAUGAAGAUGAUGAUGAAAGCUGCGAUGAAGAAACAGGAGAGAUCCAACACGAUACUGAUAAUACCAGAUUAUCAGCAGAGCUUAUUGAGAGGUUAAUAGAGGCGUUUGCAGAUGUUACAAAGAACAUGCAACACCUGUGGCAGCACCAUCUUCGCAGUACUUCUUUGUUUGCUUUCUUUUAA